CCGGAAGCGACGUUCGCUCUAGUGAACUGGCUGUAGCAACUGUUGCUGGGGAGCCGGGGGAUGGACGCCGGGCGCAAGCAAACGGCCUGAGGGAAGCCAGAGAAAUAUUUAUAGGACGACUGUACAGAAACCUUCACAAUGGCCACCCCUGCAGAUGAAACGGCAGCAGAUCUCCCUGUGAGGGAUUUCGGUCCAAGCAUUUCAGAUGCCGUUUCUCCCCAGAGCGCAAAGGCAAGACAAGCCGUUGCACGCAUUUCCAGGCAAGAGCUGGAAGAUAGAUAUUUGCGCAUUCACGAUGAGAACCUGUUGCUUAAACAACAUGCACACAAGCAAGAGGAUAAAAUAAAGAGAAUGGCCACAAAGCUUAUACGACUUGUGCAAGACAAAAAGAAAGUCGUGCAAGGGUCUGGAGUCGUGAGACGGUCUGGGAGGGAUGUGGAGCUGGAGGAAAUGAUUGAGCAGCUGCAGGAGAAGGUCCGGGAGCUUGAGAAGCAGAACGAGAGCUUACAGAACCGCCUGAUAGCUGCAAAGCAGCAACUUCAGACCCAGGGACACCGACACACCCCGUACAAUUACAUCCAGUCCCGUAUAAACUCUGGCGUGAAAAAAGUCAACGAGAAUGUUCUCAUGCAAGAAAACGUCCGCAAAGGAAUGCGUUUACAGAAUUCAGAUUUUACCCCAAGAUCUACUCAAGCACCACUUCCAAGAUAUGGGCACAGUUUGCUUGAAGAAGCCAGAGCAGAGAUAAGAAAUCUUGAAAAUGUGGUGGAGUCACAGCGGAGUCAGAUAGAGGAAGUGGAGCACUCAGCGGAGAUUCUCAGGGAUGAACUGCAAAGGAAGGAAAAGGACUAUGAAGAAACUUUCCUACAACUUAGAGAGCAGCAAACAAGUGGUCAAAGGACAACAAUCAAAGAGAAUGUCCUUACGAUUAAACUCCAGAAACAGCUAGCAGACAAGAGCAGGGCUUUCACCGAGCUGGAGAGCAAGUUCCAUCUGCUCCAAGACAAUUUAAAAGCCAUGAAAGCGAGUCAAGAAGCAUUUGUGAGGGAAGUAGAAAGCCUUAAUGGCCAGCUGAAAGAAGAGCGCCUGAAAAACUUUCACCUGGAGAAGCAAGUGCAGUCUAACACCUUCUCCCAGCGAAGGAUUGAAGAGCUACUUGAUCGAAUCAGUGACUUGGAGAAGGAACGGGAUCUCUUGAAGCAAAACUCUGACAAACUGUUCAACAGCGCCUUUGAAGUUAGCAACAGUCAAGAACAACAACGGAAGAUGAGGGAACAGCAGCUGAAACUUCAGAUUGCCCAGCUGGAGGCCGCCCUUAGAUCCGACCUUGCGGAUAAAAAUGAGAUUCUUGAUAGAAUGAGAAGAGAGCGAGAACAAACUGAGAAACUUGAUGAAGAAAACAGAAAACUCCAGCUGCGUUGUCUAGAACAGAAGCAUCAGCUUGAUGAAUUUCAGAAUAAGCUGAAGUUUUUCACAAAGGAGAGCGAUGUCGACGUGACCGAGCUCAGCGAAGCCUUGAUGCUUAUAAAGGCACGCAAGCAGCAAAGGAAUGGAGAUCUAAUGUUUUUGGAAAAGGUGGAGGAUGAUGUCAAUAAAGACCUUGAAAAAUCAUUAAGAAACUUACAGGCGAACCAUGCCGAGACCAUCCAGGAGUUGGAGAAGACCAGAAACAUGUUGAUAAUGCAACAUAAAAUCAACAAGGAUUAUCAGGUUGAAGUAGAAGCAGUGACGCAGAAGUUGGAGGCCAUACGUCAAGAUUAUGAUGUAAAGUUGGAGCAGUAUGCUCACCUCCUUGAUGUCAGAGCAGCACGGAUACGCAAACUAGAAGCCCAGCUGAAGGAUAUUGCAUAUGGCACAAAGCAAUACAAGUUCACACCAGACGUCACACCAGAUGAUGACGUGGAAGAAUUUGAUGAAUCCUUGCACUUACAAAGGGGUGAAAAUCUUCUUGAGAUCCAUAUAUCCAAGGCAGUUUUCUCUCCAGCAGCUGGCAACAGCUUCGGAGACCAGGAACCUGCUACCUUCUGCACAUAUGCUUUCUAUGACUUUGAACUCCAAACCACACCCGUUGUGCGUGGUUUGCAACCAUCCUAUGACUUUGGUUCUCAAUAUCUGGUACGAGUUGAUGACUUUUUCCUACAGUACUUGCAAAAGAACAGUGUAAGGUUGGAGGUCCACAUGGCAAUUGGCACUGAUUAUAGGACAGUUGCUGUAUGUCAGCUGAGAUUCCAUGAUAUUCUGGAGAAGACUGGGAGGAUAUAUUCCAGCGCUGUGCUGGUUGGAGCUGACAAUGACAUUAAUAAUUACGGUACAGUGGAGUAUUGGAUUAGGCUAAAUGUUCCCAUGGAGCAAGCUGUUCGGCUCUAUAAAGAACGUGCGAAGGCCCUUGGCUAUAUUACAUCAAACCUUAAGGAGCCACUUCAGAAUGAUCAAGCGUUAGAGGUGAGAAAAGCAGAGACCCGUGGCCUGAAAGAAGACAAUGUCAAUGAGCUGUUUAUCACCAUAAAUAGCUGCAGCAAUUUACAGCCCGGGACCAGUUUACAGCAACCCAGCCCUUAUGUUGCCUACACAUUUUUUCACUUUAGUGACCAUUACACUCCUAUCAUUACAAGCAGCAACAAUCCUCAAUUCGAAGAUCACAAGUGCUUUCCGGUACCAAUGACUGCUGAUUUGGACCGAUAUCUGAAGUCCGAUUCCCUUGUUUUGUAUGUAUUCGAUGAUGAGGAAAUGAGCAGUGCCUACCUUGGUAAAGCCAGGGUUCCCCUCAUCCCGCUUGCUCAUGAUAAAUGCGUCUCAGGUACUUUUCAGCUUACAGAUAUUAAGGGGAAUGAAAGAGGAACGAUUAAGGUUACUUUGAAGUGGAAAUGCACAUACCUGCCGCCAAGUGAAACCGUUCUGACAGGACCAUUGGUGGAUGAGCUGCCAAAGGAAAUAGCAGCACCUGUGCGCUUACUGAAAGAUGAAGAAGUGCAGGCCCCAAAGCGGAAAACCUUAGAGCCUGUUCCUGCUGCACCGAUGCCGAAGCCAAGGGCACGAGAUUCUGCAGCAGACAAGAAAGUCUCUUUCACUGAAGGCAUGGAAACCCUGGCACCAAUGCCGAAGCCAAGGACACCGAAAUCUGCAGCAGACAAGAAAGUCUCUUUCACUGAAGGCAUGGAAACCGCAGACAAGAAAGUCUCUUUCACUGAAGGCAUGGAAACCCUGAAUCCUGUUGAUCGUACUGUUGAGGAAGAAAAGACAAGGAUGAAUAAAAAUCCAGUAACAGUCCUAAACAUUUCUGAGACAAAACACGACACAUUUGCUGACAAUGGGUAUAGUGGAGAGCAGCUGAACAGAUCUGUGGAUGAGAAGGAAAAGAGGUCUCCAUCUUCAGACAACCAGUACGAAGCUGAACGUUUUGACACGUCAGAAGAUGAAGUAACAGAUUUAGAGGCAGAAGAUCAUGAUGGACGUCAAACAACAGAUGGAAACGAAUCUACAGAAAGUGACAGCGAUGACUGCAUCAUCCCAGUAGCGCAGGAAGUGAAACCGUUGUCAGAGAGAAUCCACAUUGAGAUCAUAUCCUUGGGUUUGGAUGUCAAUUCAGAAGCUGUACAGAAUGAAACCAUAAAGAGAUUGUUUGUGGAAUAUAAACUGUGCAAUCUGCCAGCUGAAGAGACCCCGGUCUCCCUCCCAAAACCCACGAAUGGGAAGAAGAUCCACUACAAUUACUCCAGCGUUAUUCAUCUGGAUAAGUCGAGUAAUAAAGAAAAUCGCGACUCAAUAAAAUCUGUACUACAGGAUCCUAAUUCCAGCAAUGCAAGCAUUAAAUUCACGGUGGUUAGUGACCCGCCUGAAGAUGAGCAGGACCUGGAGUGUGACGACAUAGGCUUUAGUAGUGUCAGCCUGAAGGAUAUAUUACAGACGGGUCAAGAUGUCCUCAACAGAGACCUUGAAAUUUAUGAUUCAGUGUCUGGAGAGAAGAUAAUUGGUAAGAUGACCGUGACGGUGGAAGCCGCAGAGGCGCUUCGCUCAUUGAUUCGGGAUUAAAAAGACAGCUAUGUAUGGAAAAAGGGAUUGCAGAACUUGGUUGCUUCCUCCAGAUUUGUUCCAGUUUUGAUCCUAAAAAACGGCUUUUAAUAUGUUGAUGAUAAAGUGAAUUUAAUAGAGAAACCCAGAGGCCGCAUAUCGCUUACCCAAACCCACGUUUUUCACUUUAAUAAUCACAUUCUUGUUGUUUUCAAUCAAGCGCAGUCACAUAAAUAUUUAACAGUUGCUAAAAGAGGUUCUCUGCAUGAAAUACUUGGCAAAUGUUUUUAUUGCAAGAAUGUGUGCGAAAAUGCUAACAUUUGGUGUUAUGUCAAAAACUAUACAUUUUCACCCUAUUUUACCUGGCAGAACAAUAUAGGUUUGAACUGUCUGCAAA